UCCAGAGAGUCUUUGUUGUGCUUGGUUUGGGAUAACAAGAAUAUCAUGUAUGGAUUUAUCAACAAUUGCCUGAAAUCUCUCAUUGUAGAGAAAUUUGGUGAAGAGACAUGGGAAAAACUCAAAACACAAGCUGGGCUUCAAGACAGUUUUAUGACAUAUACUGUGUAUGAUGACGGUAUCACAGUAAAGUUGAUCAAGGAGGCCUGCAAAACACUAAAGGUGCCAGAAGAGGCAGUGCUGAAAUUGUUUGGGGAAUACUUUUUCAGUUUCUGUAAGAUGUCUGGGUAUGACAAAAUGUUACGGACUCUGGGAGGAAACCUGAUCGAGUUUAUCGAGAACCUUGAUGCCCUUCAUAGCUAUCUUGCCCUGACCUACCAGGAAAUGAAUGCGCCAUCAUUUCGUGUGGAAAGAGAAGGUGGGAUGCUUCUGCUUCACUAUUACUCUGACAGGAAGGGCCUGUGUCAGAUUGUCCCAGGCAUCCUUGAAGCUGUGGCCAGAGAUUUCUUUGAUCGUAAUGUGCGACUAGAAAUCCUGACUCAAAACACAGAUGAGGAGCGUACUGGGAAGAAGAAGCACGUAGUCUUUUCUUUGCAUGAGGAGAGGGCAAAGAGCAAGGUUGAAGAGAGAACAUCUGAAGGCUCACAGAAUGACAAACAGACAUUGGAUGGAGCUCCUCAGGAAGGGAGGGAGACAUCAACAUUGUGCUGCCCAGAAAAGAAAUCCUACUGGGACAUUGUGAGAAGGGCUGUGAAAUUUCGGAGAGGGAACAUUUUGUAUACCUCUGAGCCACUUUUCCCUGAAAAGCUGUGGAUUGAGGAGAGAACAUUUUGCUAUACGUUUCCGUUCCAUGUUGUGUUUGAUAAAACACUGAAGAUCAAACAAGUUGGAGUCAACCUUCAGAAAUUUGUUCCUAGCCUACAGACAACUGGGGCUAGAUUAGACGAGCAUUUCACUAUUGUUCAUCCACAAGUCACAUUCACCAUUUUCAGUAUAAUGAAAUUUAUCAACAGUCAGUUUGUCCUCAAGGCCCAAAGAGAUAAGCUGCCUAAAUCGUGGAAACAACGACCCCUGCUGAAACUCAGAGGGCAGAUGGUCUGGAUGGAGGGCCUACAGUGCAUGCUAUACUUGUGCUCACCAAAGCUCCGCAGUUUGGAGGAGCUAGAAGAACAACAGAUGCACCUUUCUGACAUCGCGCAACACGACACAACCAGGGAUCUGAUCCUCUUUAACCAGCAACGGCUGGCAGAGAUUGAGCUGUCCAACCAACUGGAAAAAAAGAAGGAAGAACUCCGGAUCCUCUCCAAAAACUUGGAUGCAGAAAAGAAGAAAUCGGAAGCCCUGUUGUAUGCCAUGCUGCCAAAGCAUGUGGCGAAUCAACUUAAGGAAGGCCGCAAGGUAGAAACAGGGAAUUUCAGUUCCUGCACAAUCCUCUUCAGUGACGUCGUGACCUUCACAAACAUCUGUUCAGUCUGUGAACCAAUUCAGAUUGUCAAUAUGCUUAAUUCAAUGUAUUCCAAGUUUGAUCGGCUUACCAGUGUCCAUGGUGUAUAUAAAGUGGAGACAAUAGGUGAUGCCUACAUGGUUGUAGGAGGGGUCCCAGUGCCCGUCGUGAGCCAUGCCAAAAGGGUGGCCAAUUUUGCUCUGGGCAUGAGAAUUGCUUCAAGAGAAGUUUUCAGCCCCAUUACUCAGAAGCCCAUCCAGAUCAGAAUUGGAAUUCACUCUGGACCGGUUUUGGCUGGUGUUGUUGGGGACAAAAUGCCUAGAUACUGUUUAUUUGGUGACACCGUCAAUACAGCUUCUAGGAUGGAAAGUCAUGGCCUCCCAGACAAAAUUCAUAUUAGCCCAACUGCAUUUAGGGCAUUACAACACCAAGGGUUUGACAUAGUAGAAAGGGGAAAAAUAGAGGUGAAAGGUAAAGGGAAAAUGACAACAUAUUUUCUGAGGCAAAAUCUCUGUGCCACUGAGAAUGAAAUAAUGGGGCAUGCGGACGAUGGAGAUGAUUCUUUGGGAAGUCAAGGCGGCAACAAUGUUGUUGUGAUGAAGUAUGCAGACAGUCAAGAGUUACUUCCUGUCAUGGAAGAGGAAAACAGACAAGACCCCCAAGGUGCUGAACGCUCUUACCCCCCUGGAGAACAUUCGCAAGAGGAAAAUGAACCAUCACCUUCUGACCAUUUAAUGUCAAAAAACGGCCACAUGCCCUCAGCAUUUUGCGUCAUGCUUUAGAAAAACAAAAAGUUCAGGAGCCAUUGUAUGGCUUGGUAUUUAAUACUUUAUUGUGAAGCAACCAAAGGAAUAGAUUGAUUGGUUAUUUCUUCUCCAUUGUAAGUUUUUCCCCCUCUACUUGUUGGGAGUUAAAGAGUUAAUUGGAAGCUUGGUUUGGCUUGUAUAGAUUGGGAAAGCUCCCACACUUCUGUUAUUCUAUAGAAUGUACAAAACAGAAGGGUUUGGGAAGGCAUCUUUACACAUCUGUAGUAGCAAAAAGCUAAUAGGAAGAAAGUACAUUCCUUUGAAAUGUGGGGUUUCCCCUCCCCUCCCUUCCCCAUACCAUAAUAGACACCU